AACGGGCAUAUAUAUGGGCUAUGGCCUUUAAUUUGUGACUGCAUCAUCAUCUUGGCAACCUUAUUUUUCGACAACGUAAGUUCAUUAUCAAUCCAAAAAAUGUCAUCUCCAACGUCAACUGUUGAACCAUUAAAUGCAGUUGAAGAUAGAUAUGGAGGAGUUCGGGUAGAUCUUGUUGAGGAACAAAUGGACUGUGACGUCUAUGUUCCUCGGCUUAAAGCUUCAAUAUCACAGUGGAGGCAGCAGGGGGUGAAGGGUGUUUGGAUCAAGUUGCCUACUCGGCUUGCUCAUCUUGUUGAACCUACAGUUAAGGAAGGAUUUAGGUACCACCAUGCAGAGUCGGAUUACUUGAUGUUGGUCUAUUGGAUUCCUGAAACUCCCGAUACUCUUCCUGCAAAUGCCUCCCACACUGUUGGUAUUGGUGCCUUCGUCAUGAAUAAUAACAGAGAGGUACUAGUAGUUCAGGAGAAGAGCGGUGCAUUCGGAGCUAAAGGUGUAUGGAAGUUCCCUACGGGCGUUGCUAAUCAAGGCGAGGAUAUUUGGACAGCCGCCAUUCGAGAAGUGAAGGAAGAGACUGAUAUUGACACAGAAUUCGUGGAAAUUUUAGCAUUCAGACAAACCCACAAGACAUUUUGUGGGAAAUCGGACUUAUUUUUUGUUUGUAUGUUACGACCACUCUGUUUUGACAUCAACAAACAAGAUUCAGAGAUAAAGGCAGCUCAGUGGAUGCCGAUUGAAGAGUAUAUGGCCCAACCUUACAUACAAAAACAUGAGUCAUUCAAAUAUGUUGCUGAAAUAUGCUCAGGUCAGUCAAAGAGUAGCUGCAGCGGAUUUUGCCCGGUGCCUGCACUGUCAACCUCGGGCAAAAAGUCCUACACGUACUUCAACAAACUUCAGCUUCAGAACAAGAAAAACGAGCUAGGGCGUUGAGAGGUUCAGUCAUGUUGCGCCGGCGAAGCCUUUCAGGAUCGAUGCACGCAAAAACUCCAUAAGCUUUCUCUUGUUCUUUACGUUUUUAUUUUAUUAUUUCCCUAAUUUCUUAAGCAUUACAUAAACGCCAAUAUCUCAAUGACAAUGCACGUACAUGUCGGCAGCUACCAAAGUAUUGGUUCAGAUGUAAGAAGAUCAUAUAUGCUCGUUUAGCAUGAGGUCUAGCUAUUAACUUCUCGACGAGAAGGGAAUAUGGAUUUAAUAUAUGUGAUUUGUAAACCUAUUUUCUAUAAUGAUAAUAAUAAUAAAGAAAAAGCUCAAAAAAACGUAUAUGUCAA